UCCCCAAUUUCUCGUUCAGUAGGGCUCUGGGCAAACAUUUUGGCCAUUUCUUAGGCAAAGCAAUAAAAUUAAUUUUUAUUGUUCCAAUUGAAAAGAAAAACUCCCACCUUGAGCCCAAAUCCAAAUCCACACACCCAGUUGCAGUUCAAUUAAAAUUCAUCCCUUCACGACAACGACGGAGCGACUGUGGCAAGCCGGCAAUUUUCUUUUAUAGAUCCCAAAUAAAAUUCUUAUAUUUUAUUGUUAAUAGUUUCGUGUUCAAGUGCAAAAUAAAAUGCAUUGCUAACAGGAAGAGAAACUUACAAUAUAUUUGUUUCUAUUUUUAAAAGAAACAUUGUGAACUAAGAAAUAAUAAGACACCGUCCGGCGUACUGAAUGAAUGUGCUAAGAGCAUUCAUAGAACUCAUCAAAAUGCUUUAUAAUCUUCUUUGGUAUUCGGCCAACUUGGUCACAUUUUUAUUUAAUCUCUUUUGGCUGAUCUGUACAUUGGCUUCUGCUGGAAUACCAUGGUUCACACUAAUUCUGCUCACAGUUUGUAUUGCUUCAAAAUUUAUCAAAUUAAAGAGUCCCAACGAGAAGAUUCUAAUAAGUUUGCUGGGUGGUGAUUCAGUGGAUGAUUUAUCAUAUUGGCCAAUUGCUAACCGUGGGGGUGCUUAUGAUGCGCCUGAGAAUUCAAUGGCAGCACUUAAAAAGUGUUCGUCAUCGGGAUUUAGAAAUGUCCUUCUCGAUGCCGCGCUUACUUCUUGUGGCGAAAUUGUUUUGCUGCAUAAGACUACAUUGGAAAAGGCUGGACUAAGUGGCAGUGUUCACAAACAUACCUUAGAUGCGUUGCAGGAAAUCAAUUUUUCGGAGCUACAUCCCUUGGGCCCCCAAUUUGAACCUGAAACUGCUGUAACAUUAACAAAAUUGAUGGAAAUGUUGGAAAAGAGCAAUUUGACAAUAUUUCUCUUCAUAUCAGACACAAGCGCUAAAAUGCUAGAGAAGCUCAAGAGUGUGAUAAAAACAAACGAACAAUUCACAAGGCGCACAAUACUUAUAAGUCGUUCACCAAUCGCUAUUUACCAGCUACGAAAAUUGCAUCCGGAAUUGAUUUGUGGACUUUGGACUGAAAAAACUCUUUCAUUGGUUGUUUUGAAAGCGUCCACUCUCAUUACAUCGAUUUACGGUGCCAUUUUCCGAAAUAUCAUCGCACCUGUCAUCGGUAUCAGCUUGGUUUUCAUCAGCAAAGACGAAUUUAAUUUACAUAUUGCCGAACUGUGGAGAAAUGUAGGCGUAAGACCGAUCGUCUACAACGUAAACUCACCGAACGAAAAACGAUAUUUCCAAAAAACCAUGAAAACUCAAUAUCUUACUGACUCUUUGCGUUCAGAGCCGCAUUUGAUAAUGAGAUCUUAACAAUAAAAUCAGAUCCAUCGUCAGAGGAUGGUUGCAUAAACAUGAACUAAAAGUUACACAACAUAGUAAAACAACUUUUGCAUUUAAGCCUCUUUAACGUUAUAAUUAUUUCCAGUUCUAAAUUUAUAAUUGUAGUAAUUUUAGUUAGUAAGAGUAUUAUGCUUACAUUUUAUUGUAGCUUAAAAGUAUUUGUGUUCAAUUUAAGUCCCGUAAUUUGUUGCAAAAUAAUCAUGUUUUCUUUUACGUUUAUUCAUUUUUAUAUCUUUUGUAAACGUUGUUUUUUAUUUGUUUAUUUUGUUUUUAAUAAUUUAUGCUCUAUUUAUUUUAACAUCAAAAUCAUUGAUAAAAAACACACAAAAAAAAACAUCGAGUAUUAUAUCCCACAAAGAUCGUUAUAUUGUUUUAUCUAUGUUUUAGCAUAGUACAAUUAUUUUUAUUUUAUUAUAUUUUUAUGAUUUUAUUUAACAGUUAUAAACUGUAUUUUUUGUUUUAUGCUAUUGCAUGUCAAGCUUUAUAGAUGUUUUAUUUUAUUUAAAUUUAAGAACAAAUUUGUUUGUUUAAUUUUAUUUAUUUUUUAGUAUAUACGUAUACAUUUUUAGCACUUUAGCCUUCGAUUUUUUAUACAUAUAUAUAUUUGAGGCAUCUUUAUCCUUAACAACCUUAUUACAUACAUAACUAAUGUGUAUAUAAAUAAAUUCUGAGUAAAUAUACAACUUUAAUGUUGUUGGUUUUGGCAUUUUUUGUUGUUGUUGUUUUCAAUUCUAUACUGAAAAGCAUACAAAAUAGCAACAAAAAAAAUAUAUUUUUUGAUGAAAACUCAAGGAAUUAAUAAUCAAAAAUGCUUUUGCAUUCAAAGAUUUUGAAUAUGAUUAGAAAAGAAUGUCUCAUUUAUAGUGCUUCAUCCCAAAUAUUUCUCAUAAUAUAUAUAUAUUGCAUCACAGAACAUAUUUAAUUUUUUUUAAAUGAAUGUUUAGGAUAGAAAGAGAAAUUUGUAUCACCGCUAAGAUUUUAAUUUCAAAACAGAGAAAUAAAGAACUUUCGAAAUUUCA